AUCUGGAACCGGCAAAGACGUUAUUUAAUUGGGAAGCAAGGGGAGACCGUUCACUCUCCGUGCUCCCACCGCGCGAAACUACAUAGAAGUAUUUUAUGAAUUUAUAUCAUAUAGUAUAUAUAUUAACGCUUUAAAGUUAUUAAUACAUGAUUUUAAAUAUAAAUUGUGUAUAUUUCCUAAGACACCCUAAAAGAUAAUUCUUAACUAACCUAAAUUUUCAAGUCACUUUUAGAAUUAUUUCAUGCACUUUCAACGCGUUUUAAAUAUAUGUUUGUAUAGUUACGUCAUCGAAUGUGCGUGAUAUAAACUUCAUUGACAAACAUUUAUAUUUCGUUAAAAUGACAAGUCAUUUAAUUCGUAUUUGUGGAAUAAUCACAAAUUGUACAAAAACAUGCUACGCUAACUACAAUGUGUCUCCUCAUGGUCUAUUAAAAUCAAGUAUUCCAGUAAUGCAAAAUACCAGAAACACCACCAAUUUCUUUAACAAAAGACCAGCCGCAGCAUUAUGGAAAUCAGUUACUAGUGUUAGUAAUGCUGGAAGAAGGCGAGGUAGAGCAAAAGGUAUACCCCAAAUGAAAGACCUGAAUAAAGGACAAAAAGUUGGUAUAGGAAAGGUUGGAAUGGUUUUUCCUGGGUUAAAUAGUGCGCUUCUAACUGGCAAUAAAUUGAAUGUACAAGAAAAACACCCAAUUCUUGAUAGCCUAGAAAUUAAAUCCUCUGCACCACACAGUAAAGUUACUAGUAAAAGAUAUAGAAAAGUAUCUAUAUUAGAACGAGGUUGGACUAGUGCAAGCCUAGCAGGCAGAAAGAUUGGACCUCCAGACCCUGUUGAUGAUGAAAGUUUCGAAGGCUUCGAAAGUUGGAUAUUAAGAUUUAAAGUUGUAAACAUUAUGACCAAUAAUUUUGGCCGUGUAAAGAAGCAUACAGUUACAGUCUUGACUGGAAAUAGAAAUGGACUCAUUGGAUUUGCAACAGUAAAGGGAAAAAAUUUUAAACCGUGCGUUAUAAGAGCUAAAAACAGAGCUGCACAAAAAUUAAUGUAUUUUCAAAGAUAUAAUGAUCAUACAGUGCUUAAUGAUUUUUUUACACAGUUUGGGAGAACAAAAAUAUUUGUUAGACAGAUGCCUCAGGGCUCUGGAAUUAUAUCUCACCGUAUUAUUAGAGUAAUUUGCGAAGCAUUGGGUAUAAAGGAUAUGUAUGCUAAAGUUGAGGGAUGCACAAAUCCUCAACAUAUAAUAAAGGCUUUCCUCGUAGGUUUGUUAAAACAGAAACCGUACCAACGAAUGGCAGACGAAAAACGAUUGCAUUUAGUUGAAUUAAGAAGAGAGAAUGGUUAUUACCCUAAAAUACUUGCUUCACCAGAAAAACCAAGAACGAAAUCAGAGCUCACAAAAAACGAAAUUAUAGAUUUCAAACAAUACGUAAUGAAUGGAAAGAUAGUUUUAAGGAAGAAACCUCGCCCAUCACCUUUUUCAAAUCAUCCCAAUUACGUACGUCAUUUACGUAAGGCGGAACGACAACGAGGUCAAGACGACGUGAGACUUAGAUUAAGAGCUGAAUAUGGUGAACUGCGUAGUUUCCUUUUCGAAAAAUACCCAGAAGCAAGAGCUCCAAGAUACCUAGAUAUUCUAAAAAAUAAAUUGAAUAAAGGGGAAGUAGAAGAAUAGUAUACGACUAUAUGAUAUAUAUGUAUAUAAGCAUUAACUGUUCAUCGAAGUCAUAAUAAAUAUAUAAAUACAUUUUCAGUGA